CAAGAAAGUGCAUCUUAAAAGUGUUCUAUCAUUUUAAUUUUCAAAAAAAAAAUAACCAAACCUACACAAAAUGUCAUGUGAAACAGUUUUUGAAUAUCGUCAUAAAAAGUUUGAUCAAGGAAAACGAAGUCGAGAAGAUGAUUCCAUACCAUUGGAAAAUGAAAAGAAUUCUGUGCUAUUAGACCUCAGCGAUUCAUCUAAGACCUCAACUUCAUCAACAUUAUCUUCGAAAACACUCAUUACAAUUUCAAAAAAAUCAAGAAAAGUAACAAGGCCCCUUCAGAGAGUAACAACAUCGUCUCGUUUUCUGGAGUCAACAGACACUGAACUUCCACAGAGGCUUCAACGAAUCAACAUUAACCAGUACAAAAACUUUUCUUCACCUUUUUCGUCAACAGCAGUGAAUUAUUCUUUAAAUGGAACUGUUUUAGCAUCAAAUGACAAUAGGGUUGUGAUUAAAACAGAAAUCAUCGAUGAGCCUUCCCUAAAUGCAGUUCCUACAAUUAAUGGGGAAGUGACCUCUCCGAAACGAAGGAAAAGAAGCCAAUCUACAACCCCUAUAAAAAUUGAACCCCCUCAAUUAUCACCUGACGUCAAGAUCAAGGAAGAACUCAUUGAGCUAAAUACAAGGUUACCAGCAAUUCCGAAAGAAGCUUACGAGGAUAUUUGUAAGUUUCGCAGCAAUAUGGUUAGGAAAUUUCCAAAAAAAGAACGCAGCGUCAAGGAACAAGAACGUCGUGAUAAAAAUACCUAUGCUUGUCGAAAGAGUCGCAGGGUUAAGAAAAUUGAACAAGUAGCUGUUGAGGAGGAGUACAAGAAUUUCAAAGAUGCAAAUCUUCGAAUGGCUGAAUAUGCAAUACGAGCGGCAGCUUAUUUUAAGGAAUUGAUGAAAAUGACCGAAGAAGCUUCAGCUUCCGAAAUUAUUGUAGUAGAUUAGA